AUGCAAGAGGAAAGUCAAGCAAGACGGAUGGGAGCAUAUUUAUACCCUUCAGGGCGGGGUGCCUCGUCUUUCGCUUGGAUCAAGAGUGGCAAAUUGCAAGAGGAAAAACGGCAUACCAGCAAGCAGUUUUCUGCGCUCAAGCAACAUGGCUACUUACCAGUGGUGAGCAAACAGGAGCAGCAAAGAGCGAACGACAAAAACUUGGCGAGGAUUAAGAUUCAGGUAGAAUGCGGCCAGCAUGCCACCAAGAAAGUGGAGGAGCCGCCGGUUGAGACACCAGAGUUCAUUCACUAG